AUGGAAGUAAAGGGUAGUCAGCAAGAUAAAAUCGUUACACUGUCUGUUGGUGACAGGAUACGGGUUGAAGGAUGGCCAUGUGUAUCACCUAUUGGAAGAGUCUACAGCCAAAUCAACACUGACUCAGUUCUUCAGUUCACUGCUGACCUUACAAAUCUGAAUUCCCCAAGACGGUUCGUUGUGAAGUUUUAUGACGACACUAUCCAAGCUGUAAUAAGGUAUAAUACCGACAGAAGUAGCUUGAAUCUAGAUGCUCAACCUGGUGUCAGUAUAACAGGCGAUACAACAGGAAAUGUGGUUGUUACACUAUUUGAUGUUGUGCAAAGCAAUGCUGGGACUUACACGAUGGACAGUACAGGAGUUCCGUUAAGAUGCAAUUGCUUGUACAUACUAGGUACACCGACAAAACCAAGUAUCACAUUGAAUAAAGUGCCAUCUACCGGAGAGAGUGCAACAUUAAAAUGUAGCAGUACAUCUACUACCACACCCAGUAACCACAGUCUCGGUCUGUCAUAUAACUGGACAGUUGACAAUAAAGACAAUCCAAGUGGAUCUAGAUAUUCAUACUCUACCAACAGGAACACACUGACACUGUCAAAUGUUGUAAAAGAUGAUGCCAAUAAACUAUUUACGUGUACAGCUACAGAAGUUGUCUCUGGCGGGUAUAUAUCUAGCAGGAGUGAAUCAUUUUCAUUUGAUGUUCAUUACGGCCCGGAAAACAUAGACUUCAGCCCUAGUGAUACAAGUUACGAGAGGGCAGAAAGCACAUACUUUAAUCCAGUGACUUGUACAGCCAGCUGUAACCCACCUUGUAGUUUUAUGUGGACCAAGAUAGGACAAGCGGGGAUCAUCGGUAAUACAGCAGUGCUCAGUCUGGGAAGGCUUGCAAUUUCAGAGGCUGGAACAUACAGAUGCACAGCAACGAGAUCAGGAAGGUCCACACAAACAAAGGAUUUUACUGUCAAUGUUAUUUAUGGACCAUACCAGUCUUCAACUCACCUGUCACCGUCAACACAAGACUACAUCCACAAUGAGAAGACAACUCUGCAAGAUAUCAUUUGUUCUGCAGACUGUUACCCAGGUUGUACAUAUACCUGGACAAAAACUCGGCAAGGGAAGACAACUACUGUCAGUAGUACGGGGGUUUUAUCUCUAGGAGCUCUAGAUCCUGAUGAUGCAGCUACUUACAUUUGUACAGCUGAAAAUCCAGGAAAGUCUUCGUCUCCAAAAACAACAAAACAAGUUACAGUUAAAGUUAGAUAUGGACCCAAUACAGCAAAUAUCAAUGUGAGGUCACCAUACUAUACAACUGAAGGAGAUACAAAUAUACAUAUAGAAUGUUCUGCUGACUGUUAUCCUGCAUGUUCCUAUGCAUGGACAAAUCUUACAAGUGGUUCAAGAACUAGUGUGAAUGAUAUCUUAUCCUUUGGUACAGUGGAUAGAUAUAUGACUGGUGAUUACAAAUGCACAUCCAGCAAUGCAGCAGCUGAAUAUACACGAUCUUCAGAGGCAAAUAUCACUAUCAUUGUAAGAU